AUGGCUCUACUCUCUCCUGAGGGCGUCUUCAACACUUUUGAUGAGCUUGUCAAAGUAUUCAUAGAGCAGUUCAUAGUAAAUAGAAGGAUCAUCAAAGAUUCAUCUUACUUAUCAGGAGUUUGCCAUAAUGAGGGGGAAUCCCUCAGUGAAUACUUCUGCAGGUUCUCAGCUGAAGCCCACCAGAUUCCUCGGGUGGGGGGGGGGGGGCCCGCCCCCCACCACAGGCAGGGCGGUGGCAGCGGUGGAGACGAAACCCAAAUCCCACCCGAAAGCCUCUUCCUUUACACUACCGCCGCCACCGGUGCCGGCCCAAGCACCAGCGGAGCUCACCGCGGCUUCGAACUAUGGCAACAUCACCAGCGACAGCAACAACAACACCACCUUUACUCCGCUGCAUCGGGUUCUCUCCUCGCCUUCGGUGGCAGCGAUGAUCCCCCCAUCGGUCAGGGCCCCACCCGAAAUGCCCCUAGAAGCAGUGGCGGCGGGAUGAGCUGCCAAGACUGCGGAAAUCAAGCCAAAAAAGACUGCAUACACAUGCGUUGCCGAACUUGCUGCAAAAGCCGCGGUUUUCACUGCCCAACACACGUUAAAAGCACCCCCGCUGCCAAACGCCGCGAACGACAGCAGCAACUUGCAGCUGCCGCCGCUCUUCACCAGCAGCAACGCCAACCCUCUCCUUCCCAUCAUCGCGCUGCUGCCUCAACUUCCGCCGCCGGUGAAACAUCCAAACGGCCAAGGGAUCUCUCUGUUCGCCUUCCCACCAUCAUUGCGACCUCCACUUCAGGGGGGACGGAGGGAGCUCUGAGCUUUCCGGCGGAGGUGAGUUCUCCGGCGGUUUUCCGGUGCGUCAGGGUGAGCCCAAUGGACGAAGCAGAGGACCAGUUCGCUUAUCAAACGGCUGUGAACAUCGGCGGCCAUCUCUUCAAAGGCAUUCUCUACGACCAAGGCCCCGAGUCAUCAUCCACGUCAACGCAGUACCAACAUCUACCACACGUCGGAGAGUCCUCUUCGGCAGGCGCCGCCGGC